AGGAUAUAUUCGACAGCUUGUUGAAUCGCAUAUACGACUUUGCCAGCACCAACACAAAGCUCAACUCUAUGAAAGCAUUCUGUCAGCUUCUCAGGAGAAUAGCGCGAAUCCAGCCGGCCAAGGCGCUUGCAAAGUUUAUUCCUCACUGCGUGCGGCAGAUUGAAACAGAACUGGAACAUGGCGCUGCGAGCAUUCCAACGACCAGUACUUUGGAUAUAGCUGCCUUGCAAGAGGCUGGCAAAUCUAAGAUCAAAAGUGAAAGGUCGUACAGCCUGACAGGAUCCAUCGUCAAAACCAUCUUAUACUCCUUAACUGCCGUAUAUCCAUCAAAUCGACAAUCUUUGAACGAUGACGAAUGGAAGAAAGCUGCUACUGAAAGGAGUUCUCAUCGUAAAUGGGGAAAGUUUUAUGAGGGCCAUGAAGUCAAUGUCGACUGGCAUGUUCCGACGGAUGAGGAAGUGAACUUUGCACUGGAGAUACUGCAAGAGAUUACCAAUCCCGCCAUGCUCCUCGUGCAGCAAUACAUCAACGUCGUCACCAGCUCCUGGAGAGGACUAGAUACUCUAAUCAGCUUACAAGGGGGUGAUUCUCUGAGUGAGGCGAUUUUGAAGGAAUAUGACGUCCCAGAGUUGCAACAACACCCUUUCCGACCAUUGGCAAGUCUGUGUUUGACGGAUCCAAAAGACCCUCGCUAUGGAGCAGUGCUUGGGUAUCGCGAGCAGCUUGGAAAAGUCUUGCAUGCCGCCGCUGGUAGCUUACGGGCAGAAAAAACAGAAGAUCACACGGAUGCAGUUUCAGCGCUGAUUACGGCCGUCGACACAUACCUCUUUCAUCAUGGAAUCAAGGACGAGACGGCACGUCGAAAGAGAUCAGGUUUCGAUAGUGGCAGAAGAGCCUGGGUAUUCAGUCGGCGCCAAUAUGAUAUGCCAAGAAACUAUUGGACCAAGUUUGCUGAAUGCGAUCAUCAUUACCGCCUACAACACUUGGCUCGAUGCCGACCAUAUAACGAGAUUGACAAGCUUCUUGUGUUAGAAAUCUUGGAGUUCUGCAGGUCUCCUUAUGUAAAGAUCAGGAGGUUGGUCGUCUCACCCUCAUUGAAUCGGGAUGCUAAAUCUUGUUGUAGAAAUGCCCAAAACCUUGCACAAGCGAUAGCCGGAGUGUCGGAUAUGCACUCUGAGUAUGUCGUGACGCGAAUGAUGGAAUUCCUCCAAUCCGACUCUCGCGCCGAGAAAGGAGACAAGUCGCUAGAUUUCGCUGACAGGAUCAAAGGAUCCUUACACACCAUAAGAUUAGGAAACCUACCUUCGCUGGCCGUGAUAUCCAUACAAGCAACUCAAUCACUAACCCCAUCUUAUAGAAUUCGAUUCAAGCUCUUACUGCCACAGCAAGAGGUGCCGAUCAUCUUGCCAGACGACACGGACGUUACCGACGCUAUCAAUGACCUCACCCGUGUAUAUCCGACGAGAGAUAUGAAAUUGGAAGCAUCGGCUCGAGAAAAGCUGGCCGUUCGGUUUGUCCAACUGAACGAAGCCAUUCAGUCCUCCCGCAAGGACAUUGCCCUCUACAUCGAGAGAUUCAGCCAAAGGAUACUCCAGAGUUUGUUGAAUGUGGCACUGACAAUGGUACAAAGGCUUUACUUUGAUGGUACACAUACAUUCUGCUACGGAUGGGUUGUAUGGGGUACUGUUUUUGGCCACGUACCGCAAACGGGCAAAUCACCUUUCCAAUGGCACGAAUCGUCUCAGCCAAUGCUCAACGAAGUUCGAGAAGUCCUUCGCACCGAAGGCUAUUUCACCAAAUUAGUAGAAUAUUAUGCAGAGGAGCCGAACGUCGAUCCCACUAAUUUGGAUACGCGAGAUGAUGCGAAAGCAACUCCGAUUCUUGGCCAACUUUUAUCAUGCAGUCGCUCCAAGAUACUACCUCCCACAUGCAGAGAGGAUGAUACAGAUCAUGAGACUGAUCUCGAUAUUCAGGCCCAACGCUAUAUCGCACUAAUCAUGGGCAUCGUCAUUCAAUAUGAUUGGCAACCUAGUUAUCAGAGUAUGGGUGCUCUGAUGGAAGCAUGCAGCUCGCAGGAAGACGUCUUCAAGACCCGUGCUGCACCCUAUAGACAGCAAUUCCUAGAUGUUACAACCAAGCUAGCCCAAUGGAGAAAGUCGCGUCUCCCGCCACCCCACUCUCUCCAGUCCGACUUUGAUCGAGGGGCGUCGACGAUUAUGCAAAUGAUGAUGGGUGCCAUCUCGAGUACGAGUGCCUAUAUUUACCUACCAUAUCUUCAACAUAUGCUGCCAGAGCUUCUCCAGACGGUCGAAAUCACAGACAACCCGAUGCUCACGGCACUGGGGACAGGAAUAACGCGCAUGAUUUUGUCAGUUUCUCUGCCGACGAUAUACAUUCGGCCAUUGUUCAAAUCGCUGGUGGACAUGUUCCAGACUUCGCUGUCGUGGAGAGUGCGACAGCGGUCCUCGAGCAUGGUCUCGGCCAUCUUCCUGAGGUACCUGGAACGGUGGUCGGAUACAGAUGAUAUUCCAAAAAUUCUAGAGGUUAUGCUGGCUAGCUUGGAGGACGAGAAUGUAGAAGUCAGGUCAUCGGCAUCGAUGAAUCUGGCGCUCGUGAUUCGAAGCAGUAUGCAAAAUAAGAUUAGUAGUCUACAGCUGGUGCUGCCAUCUCGGUCAUCGCCGGAUUACGAAAAGACGAUACGGCAGCGGCACGGUGCGGUACUUGGGUUGAUCGCGCUGGCGAGGUCGUAUCCGUUUACGGUGCCCGAAUGGAUGCCUCCACUGAUUGAAAUAUUGAGCAAAUAUGCGACGGAGCCCACUCCGAUCUCGAACAGCAUCCGGUCCUUUGGACAAGAGUUCCAGCAGAAUCACCAGGACAACUGGCAUGCAGACUCUAAAUUGUUCAACGAAGACCAGACACUUGCGUUGUCUACGAUUGUUUCUGGAACCUCAUACUGUGCGUUGUCGGACAAGACCCUGGGAGCGCAGACGCUCCCCGCUCUUGCUCGCUCACAUACUACCACCAACAAUGGGCACCAGCACGCACCCAAUCUCUCCAGUCUCCAACUCCUCGAGCAGCAGAGUCGCGCUUUGCAGGCAGCGAUCCUCGCCUUUGACCAGCCGCCUGCCCCCAGCCUCAGAGAGGUCCUGGGUGCUUAUCGGAUAAAAGGCGACGGCGAUCGGGAAAUGUUGCUCACUAUUUUAAACGCAAAAGCCGCAGAGGAUCAGGAUUGCGUCUAUGGCUACCUUACAUCAAACAAUUCUCCAAGUGUUGCAUGCAAACUUGGUCACCGUUUCCUCCUCGGAGACGAAUCAGCUACCGCCCAUCACCAGCAAUUCGCCGUCAAUGGAUGCCCAGUCACAUCUCUCGACUUCUUCAAUGGCCGACACGCGUCGCGAACGCCCCUGAUGAGCAUUUCCUCCCUCACUUCCCCUACUCUUCCUCAUAAAUCCCAUGUCUCUUCGAGACGGAGAACAGAUAUGGAGGUGGAUGGAGAAGAAGAGCGCCAAGAGGUGUCGCGAGCGAGGGAAGACGGGAACUCGAGGAACGAUAGUCGGAUGAUGACUUCGAAUGUGCGUGCUGAACGUGGAGCACAUUCAAGGUCGGGUUCUGGCUCUCCAUCGAUGCAAUCGCGGACCAGCCAUGGCUCGACGUCUGGCUCGGGCGAAGGCAGGAGCUCGUUGGAAAGACUGAGUUCGGAACGGAGUACUUGCUAA